UUACUUUCUUAUGAGAUGGCUACGGAAUGCACCAUCUCAUCGCUAGCUCGUCGUUGCCGAGCCGUCCUAAGAACAUGCACUCGACAAUCAGAUUUCGACACGGGCCGAAGGCUCCACGCCGCCACCAUAACCGCCGGCCUACUCGCUGUCCCAAGCUCGUUCCUUCGUAACGCUAUUCUUCAGAUGUAUUCUGCAUGUUAUGACUCAUUGUCUGCACGCAAAGUGUUCGAUGAAAUUCCCAUCACAUGUAAAGACACUGUUGAUUGGACCACGCUUAUUGGUUGUUAUAUUCACUGCGGAUUGCCCCAUGACGGGGUUAAUUUGUUUGUUAGUAUGCGAAGGGAAGAAGUAUUGAUCGAUGAAAUAACGAUAGUUGCGGUAUUCAAUGCAUGUGCGAAGUUGGGUGAUUAUGUGUUUGGGGUUCAGGGUCAGGUUUGCAUGGUCAAAAUGGGUUUGGGUAUUAGUGUUAAAGCCUGUAAUGCAGCUAUGGAUAUGUACGUCAAGUGUGGUCUAAUCCGUAAUGCGAGACGAGUGUUUGAUGAAAUGAGUGAAAGAAGUGUUGUCUCGUGGACUGUGCUUUUGGGAGGUUUGGUGAAGUGGGAAGGUUUGGAGAAAGGGAGGGUUUUGUUUGAUCAAAUGCCAGAGAGAAAUGAAUACGCAUGGACAAUAAUGAUCGCGGGGUAUAUCGAGAAUGGGUUCAUUAAGGAAGGUUUUAGGCUUCUAAAUGAAAUGGUGGUUGUUUUCGGACUUUGCUUGGAUUGUGCUGCACUUUGCUCGUUAUUAUCGGCCUCUGCUCAGUGUGGAGAUGUUGUGAUGGGUAAAUGGCUGCAUGUACAUGCUCUGAGAAGAAUGGAGAAUGCUGAAACAGAUGUUAUCAUUUUUACAGCUUUGCUUGAUAUGUAUGCGAAAUGUGGUAGGAUUAAUACUGCUUUCCGGGUUUUUCAGUCUAUGCCCUCAAAGAAUGUGGUCACGUGGAAUGCUAUGCUAAGUGGUAUGGCAAUGCACGGAAAGGGUGCUGAUGUCUUGAGUAUGUUUGAUCAGAUGGUAAAGGAGGUUAAACCAGAUGACGUAACCUUCACAGCCCUUUUAAGUGCUUGCAGUCAUUCUGGAUUAGUUGAUCAGGGCCGACAAAUUUUCUACAACCUUGAAUAUAUGCAUGGCAUAAGGCCUUCGAUGGAACAUUAUGCUUGUGUGGUGGAUCUCCUGGGUCGAGCAGGACACUUAGAAGAAGCAGAGGCCAUGAUACGGGGUAUGCCCAUGAGUCCAAAUGAGGUCGUGUUAGGCUCUCUCUUGGGGUCUUGUGGUGUGCAUAGGAAGCUACAGUUAGGGGAACGUCUUAUGCAAGAGCUGGUUCAAAUUUAUCCUCAGAACACGGAGUACCAUGUCUUGCUUUCGAACAUGUAUGCUCAUUCAGGCAAGCUUGAAACGGCUGAUUCUAUACGAAAGGUUCUUAAAACUCAGGGCAUCAGAAAAGUUCCCGGAAUUAGUUCUAUGCAUAUUGGUGGCCAAGUCCAUCAUUUCAGUUCAGGGGACAAGUCACAUCCACAGACUGACAAAAUAUACUCGGAGUUGGAUGAGAUGAUUCGAAAACUAAGAUUGGCUGGUUACAUACCAAACACGGCAUCACAAAUCUUCUCCGGUGGUGAGGUCGAUACGGAUGGGGAGGAGGAGAAAGAACGAGCAUUAUUUUCUCAUAGCGAGAAGUUGGCCGUUAGUUUUGGGCUCAUUAGCACGCAAGCUGGAAUGCCUCUUUACAUUUUCAAGAACCUAAGAAUAUGUCAAGACUGUCAUUCUGCCAUGAAGAUUGUUUCAAAAAUAUACGAUAGGGAAAUUGUUAUUAGAGAUCGCACUCGUUUUCAUUCUUUCAAGCUAGGUUCAUGUUCUUGUUCUGAUUACUGGUAACUGUUAGAAUCUGGAUGCCUGUAUAUGACACGGAGAUUCAUCUUUGUGGUUACAUUCUUGUUCCAAUUUUGCACUGUUGUACAAAUGCUGUUUUUCUGCUAUCACAAUAGUUUUUUCCAUCCCCCUCUUUUCGUUUAAAGUGACUUAUA